AUGCAGACAGAUAAUUAUCUAGAGCGAAGUGCUCAUACUGAAAUUGGGACGGAUGAUCUCAACCAGCAUUUGGAAGAUGCCGCCUUGGAUGGUGAUGAAGUGACUGUGAGGUCAACUUCACGUGGAGCGACGUCAGAUACUACAGACAAUGAUGGAUUCACGCCACUACAUAGAGCUAGCUACCGCGGACAUAGAGACGUGGUAAAGCUCCUCCUCGAAAAUGGAGCAGAAAUCGAUCUCCUUGAUGAAGGGGGACAAUCAGCACUUCACUUAGCCAGUUCUGAAGGAAGAACAGAUGUGGUGGAGCUACUCCUUGAAAAUGGAGCAAAUAUUGAUCUCCAAAGUCAGAGCGGUAGAUCAGCACUUCACUUCGCCAGUUUUGAAAGAAGGGCAGAUGUAGUAGAGGUGCUCCUCCGCAAUGGAGCAAAGAUUGAUGUCACCGAUGAGGACGGAGAAUCGGCACUCCACAUAGCCAGUUCUGAAGGAAGAACAGAUGUGGUGGAGCUACUCCUUGAAAAUGGGGCAAAUAUUGACCUUGCUAAUAAGCAAGGACGGUCGCCCCUUCACCUCGCCAGUUUUGAAGGAAGGGCAGAUGUAGUGGAGGUGCUCCUCCGCAAUGGAGCAAAGACUGAUGUCACUGAUGAGGAAGGACGAUCAGCACUCCACAUAGCCAGUUCUGAAGGAAGAACAGAUGUGGUGGAGCUACUCCUUAAAAAUGGAGCAAAGAUUGAUCUCCAAAGUCAGAGCAGUGGAUCAGCACUUCACUUCGCCAGUUAUAGAGGAGGGACAGAUAUAGUGGAGGUGCUCCUCCGCAAUGGAGCAAAGAUUGAUCUUACUGAUGAGGACGGACAGUCGGCACUCCACAUAGCCAGUUGCAAGCGAAGGACAGGUAUAGUGGAGCUGCUUCUUCAAAAUGGGGCAAAUAUUGACCUUGCUGAUAAGCAAGGACGGUCGCCCCUUCACCUCGCCAGUUUUGAAGGAUGGAAAGACGUGGUAGAGUUGCUCCUUCAACGUAAUGCAAAAGUCAACCUCGAACACUCUACAGGAUGGACGGCACUACACCUAGCUAGUACUGGAGGAAGAGAAGAAGUAGCAGAGCUACUCAUUCAAAGUGGAGCAAAGCUUGAUCUCACUGAUGAAGAAGGACAUUCAGCACUUCACAUGGCCAGUUCCGUAGGAAGGAAAGGGAUGGUAGAGCUACUUCUUCGAAAUAGAGCAAAAAUCGACCUCCCUGAUAAGGAAGGACAAACGGCACUCCACUUGUCCAGCUCCGAAGGAAGAACAGAUAUAGUGGAGCUGCUCCUCCGUAAUGGAGCAAUAAUUGAUCUUCUUAACAGUGAAGGACAGUCAGCACUCCACUUAGCUAGCUCUGAAGGAAGAAAGGAAAUAGUGCAGUUGCUCCUUCAAAAUGGGGCAAAUAUUGAUCUUGCUAACAAGAAAAGAUGGACAGCACUUCAUCUCGCCAUUUUCAAGGGAAGGACGGAUGUAAUCAAGCUGCUUCUUCAAAAUAGAGCAAGAAUUGAUCUUACAGACGAAAAUGGACAGUCGGCGCUCCACUUAGCCAGUUCUCAAGGAUCGAGAGAGAUUGUGGAGCUCCUUCUUCUAAAUGGAGCAAAUAUUGAUCUCGCCGAUAAUGAAGGGGCCUCAGCACUCGACUUGGCCAGCUCCCGGGGAGUGAAAGAGGCCAUAGAACCCCUCAUCCAAGAUCGAGCUACGAGUGAUUUUAGAGUGCAUUCAGGGUCGGAUUCUGCAAUUUACGAGGGAAGAAAUGGUGUGGCAGGGCUGAUUUUUCGGGACAAGACAGAGCGGUCAAUUAGGAGAGUGGAAACUCCACGAACAUCAGCAUUAGUUGAUACGAGGAACAGUCUCUGGGGGGGAGUGCAUCGUCACAACGGUGACGGCUUUACAUUAGCGAAGUACGACAAUCACAGCAUUUUCUUUGAAGCCAAAUUAGAAUUCAUACGAUUCUCAAGACAAGAUGAGGACAAUAUGCAUGCAGUACAUCUAAAGCUCAAUUUUAUGAGGCCAUUUGCAGAAAGCCAUCGUAUACGUUAUGCAAAAGUGGACAUAAUGCUAAGCGCAGGAGACUCCGGAAAGGAACCAAAUAUACGUGCUAUCCGGCCGCAGGCGGAUCGAGUGCAAGUCUCUGAGCAGGAGAUAACAACAGGACAGAAGCUCACUUUCGGUGCGGCAGGGAGCGGUGGACCAUCCAGCCUUAAUAUCAACAUGGAAGCCUCGAAGGGGAGGAAGACAACUUUUCAAGGAGUUCGCAUUGUACAUGGAGUAAUCAAGGACCGUACACAUGCUUGUUGGAGCUUGUAUGAAGAGCCCGGCAGUAAGAGCGGUCUACCGGAAGUAAUAAGGCUUCUUGUACUCGUACAUUGCGAAGCAGAGUUUGACUUACGCUUAUCAAUGUCCGUGAAAGCCUCUCACUCCUUAGCACUCGGACUACGACGAACAUUGAAGGCUAAGGAAUCAGUCCCAUAUCGUGUUCCAGAUUUGAAGACGAUUUCUGAGUUAGAAGAUUCCUUAAAAGUGAGGCAAAUUCUGGACGUGGCAGAUCGCGCUGCCUCGCUUGUGACGGAGGCAAAAAGGCUAGAGACAGCCUUUAGUCAGACGUUCCAAGAUCAUGAAAGAAGAGCUCUGAUUAUAGAGGCUGGUGCAAAGCAAAGCUAUGUGAAGCAAUGGACCGAAAUUGUUAAUUCAUCUAAAGCUGGAAAUUUCAGAGGCCUUACAGAGAGGCUAGUAGAAAGCGAGGAAGCAAAGCACCAAAAAGAGGCGGAACGGACGAGUAGAAAUAACGUAAGUGACAACAGAUUUGCACACUAUCCGCCUGCACCAACCGGCCCAAUGCCACCAUCUCAUGGACCCGUACCGGCACACCCUCAAUUCAAUCAGCCACCACCAACUGGCCCAAUGCCACCGUCUCAUGGACCCGUACUGGCAUACCCUCAAUUUAAUCAGCCUCCACCAAUCGGCCCAAUGCCACCAUCUCAUGGACUCAUACCAGUACACCCUCAAUUCAAUCAGCCUUCACUAACUGGCCCAAUGCCACUAUCUCAUGGAACCAUACCACCACCACCCAUAUUCAACCAGCGGCCCUUUUUAUCAGCUAUUCCAAGAGAGUCUCUAGAUGUUAAUGACCAGACGACAGACAAUAUCCUGGACUCGUUCUCUGCUGUUGGUCCCGCGUAUACUGUGUCAAGGUUGGCAUGA